AGCGCCUCUCGAUCGACGGUUUUAAAAGGAGGCAUAAGCGCGGUUGUUGUUUGUUGAGUUGUUGUUUCUGUUAUAACGUGACACCUAAUAAUUUUAGAGAAUUUUUGUAAUAUUUUGUGUGUUAGUGAGAAUUUUCUCCCGUGGUGAAAAUAUCAAAAGCGUGAAUAAAGAAAAGAAAAAAUGUCGCCGAGGAGAACCCGGAGAGGGGUUAUUAAACAUGAUAAUUCCACUCCAGAUACAGCAAAAAAGACAAAGAAAAAUGUUAUUUCUCCGAAAGAAACGCCUCCGAAAAGACGACGAACGACUCGUGCUGCAAAAGCAAAACCAACAAGUGACACGGAAGAAAAUCGAACUAAGAGUGUGACGAAAAAAUCAACACGCAGAAAGCCGGUAAAAUCCGAUGAUUCAUUAUUAACAGAAGACGAAUCAUUUUCAACGAGUGUGAGCUCAAAAAAUAUAACAAGACGAAAGAAUAAUUCACUAAUAAGCGAAGACGAUAGUCCAGUAAAUUCAUCGCAAACUGUAAAUUCACUGAAACGAAUGAAUACAACACCAAAAAGUAGUCCAAUCGCAGUGACAUUAUCGCCUCACAGAUCAAAGAAAACACCAAGACGUUCACCUGUUAAUCUUGGUUCACCAAAAACUCAUUCCAACACACCAAUGAAACUAUUAAAAACACCACGAAAACUUGUCAUUAAAAAUUCUCCCACAUCAUCAUCAUCAUCAUCGUCGUCCGAUGAUUCAAAACUCAUUUCAUCAAAAACAAAACCAAAGACACCGACAUCACCAAAAGUUUCGGCAUUGGCAAAACAAAAAUUCACCUCACCACCAAAAAAGACACCGUCGCCGAAAAAAAAUUCACCAAUCGUCAAAAAAUCAAUUAAACGAAACACAAGAAGAAGUAUUGCUUCAGCAUUGAGUGUAAAGAAAACGGCAAUUACACCACGAUUAAAACAGACGACAAAAAGGAAUUCAAUUUCACCCGUAAAAAUAUCGCCUGUUAAAUUAAUAAAAUCGCCAACGAAAAAAUUAUCAUCGCCAAUGAAAAAUUCACCAUCGCCGAAAAAAUUACUUUCACCAAAAACAAAGACUCCUUCGCCGAAAGUAAAAUUAAUUUCACCGAAAAAGAAGACGCCAUCGCUGAAAAUCAGAUUAGUUUCACCGAAAAAGAAGACGCUAUCGCCGAAAAUCAGAUUAGUUUCACCGAAAAAGAAGACGCUAUCGCCGAAAAUAAGAUUAGUUUCACCGAAGAAGAAAACGCCUUCGCCAUCGAAAAUAAGAUUAAUUUCACCGAAGAAAAAAACGUCUUCGCCAUCGCCGAAAAUAAGAUUAAUUUCACCGAAGAAGAAAACGCCUUCGCCAUCGAAAAUAAGAUUAGUUUCACCGAAGAAAAAGACGCCUUCGCCGAAAACAUUAAUUUCCCCGAAGAAAACGCCAAUUCCUGUGAAAUCACCAAAAUCGAGUACAAAAAGGAGUUCAGUUUCAAAGAAAAUCUCACCAAGACCAGCGAAACUUUCAUUGCCAGUCUCGAAAAUAAGAAAAUCGCCAGUAAAAACGUCGAAAGUUGCUGUUGUGAUUUUAGAAAAAGUGAAUUCAUCAACUCGAAGAAGUGGUGGUGGUGGUGGUUCACCAAAAUCACCCAAAAGCCUUGGCAAAUUAAGUCCAAGACGAUCAAACUCAAUUGGCAGUGUGAUAAAUACAACAAUCACUUCACCAAGAAAUCGUAGCAGUUCGGUGAAAAAAAUUAUUCUCGAUUCACCAGUGGAAAAUAAAUCAUCUUCAAAACGAAGAUCAAAUAAGGACAAUAGAAUACUCUUAUCUCCCUCAGUGUCAUUACGUCGUUCUUUAAAUUUGACAGCAAGCCUCGAGGAGUCAACGGCUUUAUUGAGAAAAAAAUCCUCAACACCAAAAUACAGGGGUCGGAAAAAUCGUUCUGGAAUUGAAAAUGAAUCGGAACCUGAAAUGAGUGACACGUCACUUAUUAAUAUGAGCGAUGUUUUCGAAUCGGAUAUUUCGCAGGUGGAUGAUAAGGACAAGGAUGGAACUUAUGAACUUGACGAGCCAAAAACACCGGGAUUGAAGGCUAAAAAAGCAAUGAAGAGAUCAUCACCUGCCAAUGCAAAACGGAACGAAGUGGAGAAUAAAAAAGUGCGUUUUGCCGAGAGUAAUGAUCCAAGGGAGAAUACAGUGAAAUUCAGAACAGGAACACCAGGUCAUAGAUCUUCAUUGAGAAGGAGUUCGGAAGUGAGAAGUAAAUCAAAAUCACCCCAAAGAGUAACAAAAUCAUUGAUGGAUCAAAAUCAAAGACGAAGAUCGAGUUCAGUUUCAGUUAUUGAAGGAACGCCAAGAACGCCGGCAAACAAAAGAACAUUCAAUUCGAAUGUCAACUCGAAUGUUAAAUCAGAUCAUAAAACACAAAUGGCUUCAGUGAAUCGACUCAGUCGACCGAGAAUGUCCGUUGCCUCCGAGAAGAAAGCUGACACAAAAACGCCGGUGCCGAGAAAAAUUCCCAAUUUCGCUGAAAUUCAUAAAAAGAAUUUCGAAAAAAUGGAAUCACUUGUCGAUGCAAAAAAAAGAGUUGCCGAUCGACAUGUUGCAAUGGUUAAUCCCAUACUGAGUGGCACAAAAUCAAUGCCGGAACUUGCGAUGGGAAAACGUCUCGAAUUACGAGUGCAAAACGGUGUUUACAAUCGUUUUGGAUUUAAAUUGCGAAAAAAUGAAGCUGUGGCAACUAUGAGCAAAAAACCAGUAUCAAUGACAAGUGAGAAGAAAAUGAACGCGAGGAGAGAAAUUUUAAAAGGUGUACGAACAAAUCGACGCUUUGAAUUGCAAAUGAAGUCACGAAAGUGAAUUUUUAGAUAGUGAAUUAGAACAUAAUAUUUCCCAUUAGCCUUAACAUUCGAAAAAAGCAAAACUUAACGAAACAAUGUUCACAUAAUUCCUAGGACUUUAUAUAUAAAAAAAAAGGUUUCAUUUCUGUUAAACUUUUCUCUCGCCAAGAGGAAAAAAAAGAAAGAAAGUUUGUGAACUUAUUAAAAUGAAAAAUGUUUUAAAUGAAACAAAAAAAAAAACAGAUCUUCAGUUGUCUCCAGAAAAAAAGGAAAAAGAAACGAGACGGAAGAAAUAUUAAACGCAAGACAAGAAAAAAAACGAUAUUUUACAAAUACAAAUGAAUAAUCAUUUUUUGUAAAAUAUUUUAUAGACUUUAAUGAUACGGGAAUCAACAUUUUUUUCUUCUUCAAUGAAUUUAGUCUAGUGAAAAAUACUAGUAUAUUAAUGACUAUUUUAUUAAGUUUUUUUAUAUAAAGUAAAAAGAAAAUUAAAUUAAAGAAUUAAUUUAAUUUACGAUAUAGUCAAAGUCUUUUUUUCUCAAAAUAUAUAUGCGUUUGCAUGUUGAUACGUUUAAAUUUAAUGAAUUUGGAUUGAAAAAAAUUUUAUUUUUUAAAAAGAAAAGAAAACUGGACGAGACUAUACUUAGAAGUUUGUAAAUAAUUUAUUACGAGACACAUAUCGCUGAAGUGAAAAUUAUGUUUUCAAUCAUUUUUUGCAAUUAUAUUCAGCGAAGUCAUUGUAGGUACCAUAUUUCUUGUAACGGUACACCCUUUUUUUUUAAUAUUAUAUUAACCAAUUUUUUUUUUUAUUUUAAUUUAAA